AUGCUCCUCUUCAAAGCUGAUUUCAACAAAGCCUUUGACACUGUAAAUUGGGAAUAUUUGGAUCAUGUUCAAAUGCAAAUGGGAUUUGGACAAAGAUGGAGAGGGUGGAUUCAAGGCUGCUUAAGAUCCUCAAGUGCGUUGAUUCUAGUCAAUGGUUCACCUACCGAUGAAUUCGAAUUUAGCCGUAGAAUAAGACAAGACGAUGCACUCUUUGUGGGGGAAUGGAGUGAGGAAAACAUCAAGAACUUGGCUAGAAUCCUCCGGUGCUUCCAUGUGUCUUCUGGGCUUCAAGUGAACUUCUCCAAAUCGAGAGUAUUUGGCAUCGGGGUUGACCAUCGCGAAGUUGAAACCCUUGCAAAACCCCUUGGAUGUGAGCCAGCCAAGCUUCCAUUUACUUACCUUGGAGUUCCCAUCGGGGCAAAUAUGAAACUAUUAAAGAAUUGGAAACCGGUAAUCGAAAAAUUACAAGCUAGACUGUCUACAUGGAAAUCGAGAUCCUUAUCGCUUGGGGGUCGACUAACACUAGCGAAAGCUGUCCUUGGCAGCAUUCCAACUUUCUAUUUUUCCUUGUUUGUUGCUCCUGCAGGUGUUAUCAAGACUUUGGAGAAGAUAAGGUGA